CGUGACAGCCCGGCUGGACGCCAGAAGCCCCCCGCCCCCGCCCUGGGCGGCCGGAUAGACGCCCCCCCCCCGGACCGGGCAGCGUGCUAGACGACCCCCGGACCGGACACUGCAGGUGGCGGACGCCCGGGCAGCGUGCUAGGCGACCCCCGGACCGGGCAGCGAGCAGACGCCCCCAGGACCGGGCAGCGUGCUAGACGACCCCCGGAGCGGACCCGGCAGCGGGAGGACGCCCCCAGGAACGGGCAGCGUGAUAGGCGACCCCCGGACCGGACCGGGCAGCGAGCGGACGCCCCCAGGACCGGGCAGCGUGCUAGACGACCCCCGGACCGGGCAGCGGGCAGAUGCCCCCAGGACCGGGCAGCGUGCUAGACGACCCCCGGACCGGGCAGCGGGCAGACGCCCCCAGGACCGGGCAGCGUGCUAGACGACCCCCGGACCGGGCAGCGGGCAGACGCCCCCAGGACCGGGCAGCGUGCUAGACGACCCCCGGACCGGGCAGCGGGCAGACGCCCCCAGGACCGGGCAGCGUGCUAGACGACCCCCGGACCGGGCAGCGGGCAGACGCCCCCAGGACCGGGCAGCGUGCUAGACGACCCUCGGACCGGACAGCGAGCGGACGCCCCCCGGACCGGUCCUGGCAGCGUGCUAGACGACCCCCGGACCGGACAGCGGGCAGACGCCCCCCAGGACCUGUCCGGGCAGCGUGGUGGGCGAUCCCCGGACCGGACCGGGCAGCGUGCUAGACGACCCUCGGAUAGGACCGGGCAGACGCCCUAAGGACUGGUCCGGGCAGCGUGCUAGACGACCCUCGGACCGGACCCGGCAGCGGGCAGACGCCCCCCGGACCUGGCAACACCCCCCUCGGCCCCGACCGGGCAGCGUGCUAGACGAUCCUCGGACCGGGCAGGCCCCCUACGGAACGGCAGCCCCCAGGACCGACCCGGGGAGCGUGCUAGACGCCCCCCGGCCAGGACCAGGCAGCGGGCAGGCGCCCCCAGGACCGGUCCGGGCAGCGGGCUAGACGCCCCCCGGCCAGGACCAGGCAGCGGGCAGGCGCCUCCAGGACCCGACAGCUCGCAGGACAGGACCGGGCAGCGUGCUAGACGCCCCCAGGACUGGGCAGCCCCGGGACCGGACCGGGGAGUGGGCAGACGGCCCCGGGGCCGGACGGGGCAGCGUGCUAGACGCCCCCAGGCCGGUCCGGUGGUUGGAUGGGCGCGGCGCCCGGGCGGAGGAGGAGGAGGAGGAGGAGGAGAAGCGCCGGGGGAGGAGGAGGAGGAGGAAGGCGGAUGGCGGCCGGAGGAGGAGGAGGAGGAGGCGGCGGCACCACCGUGUCCGGAGGGCUGCCCGGAGGCCUGCCCGGAGGAGUGCCCAGCGUGGCCUCCACUUUCUGGGCCAUCGUCAUCCUGGCCAGCCUCCUCAUCGCCUACUGCAGCCAGCUGGCAGCCGGCACAUGCGAGAUUGUGACUUUGGACCGUGACAGUAGCCAGCCCCGGAGAACCAUCGCCCGCCAGACGGCCCGCUGCGCCUGUAAGAAGGGACAGAUCGCGGGGACCACAAGAGCUAGGCCGGCCUGCGUGGACGCACGAAUUAUAAAGACAAAACAGUGGUGUGAUAUGCUUCCAUGUUUAGAAGGAGAAGGCUGUGAUUUGUUAAUCAAUAAAUCAGGCUGGACCUGUACGCAGCCUGGGGGACGGAUAAAGACGACCACGGUCUCCUGACACACGCAGCAUCCAGGAAUUCCCAGAGGAGAGGGCUAGGGCUCCGUGCGGAUCCAGCGGACGACCACUCCCCAAACCCCGUCCCCGGAGCGGGCCGUGCCACGUGCGGAACAUCAUCCUCGACGGCCCGUUCCUCCAUCGCCCCUCCGCGAGCCCCCCCAUCUCCCGCCCCCUCACCUGAGCCAGCUCUGCCCAUCCUCACCGACCGGAGAGGCGGGCUCAGGAACGAGAGCUUGAAGAGACCUAUCCUUGGGCAUUAGCAAUACAAAAAGUCACGGUGAACACGUUUCCUCGACGUCCAACACCAAAUCCGAAGGGUCUCCUCCACUCCGGGGGGCUUCCCCUUAUCCGCCGGCCCCUCUCCCCGAGGAAGACUCUCAUCCGGAGGAAGGGGCACCUAAGGGGCAAGAGAGAUACUCUUCCGGACCGCCUGAAUCGCUGUUAUUUUCUUAUACUUUCCGUAUAUACGAUAGACCAAAGAGAAAAAAGAAAAAAAAAUCUAUUUUAAAGUGGACGUGCUGUCAUCCUGCGAGUUGUCCGGGUCCAGCGGGCAGGGGGAACCCCUCGGCAACAAGAAACCCGACCUUAGCGAGCUUCCACGGUGCCGGUGGACCGGGUCCGUGCAGCUCAGACACGGCGGGUAGGCCCGACGGGAGCCUCGCAGGGGGAAACUGACCACACAGGACCGAAAGUCCCCCCCUCUGGCCCCACCCCCUGAAAUCCCCCUCCCACACACACCCCACCGCGACCCACAACUCAAACUCUCUGCGCCUCCCCUCUGUACUUAGGUCGACUUUAUCGUACUAAAAUCAUCUUCCGUUUUAACCCGUCGAACACGCCUCUUCUACCGUUCCAUUUUUGAUAGUUAAAAGUUGGAGAAUCCAGUAUUUGCAGAAGCAUGUCUGGCCAUCUGUGAUCUGUCCCAUCUGAUCUGCCAUUUAGUGCCAGAAGGCAAAUUAAAGAGAAACAACAAAAAAAUAAAGCAAAACAAAACAACCACCACCACAACACACACACACACAGACACUCAGAAAAAGUAACACUCGUUUGAAAGAGAUCAUUAAAUGUAUUUUGAAAAGCCUAAAGUUAUAUAUUUAACAGUUUUUAUAUGUUGUAUAUUUGUAGAAAAUCCUAUUUAACAAUUAACGUGGUUACUCCAAGCGUCUGGAUGCGGGAUAUGGGGCUGACCUGUGAGGGGAUGGAGAGGGGGCUUCUCUUCUCUGAGACGCGUGGGAGAGAUAGCUGGCCCGGAGAGGACUCUGUAGAAAAAGCGAAGAAUAAUGUGGUUUAUAUUACAUAAAUGCAUUCAGCCAUUGCACUGUUAAAAGGCAGUUUCUAUCUUUCUUUGGAUUUGGUUCGGAG